AGUAAAUCGAUUUCAAAUCUCACAUUUUAAAUAAUGACUAAUAUCCAUAUAUUUAUUCGUCUUUGUAAAUGUCGUCGUCAGGUCUUCCAGCUGUCAUUGUCGCAAUUACUUUGGGAAUUAACCACACAAACAAUUACAUCAAAAUUGCAGACGUCUGUUGGUUAUCCAAGACACCUUUCUAUGCUGCUUUCCUGGCUCCCGUGGGGGUCAUUCUCACCUUUAACCUUACCAUCAUGUUUCUCGCUAUCUGUCGACGUAGCUCAGUGAAAAGUGAAAAUGAGUCUGAACACGAAACAAAGAAAAUGCGUGUUUUUGGCAUCUUUAGUUUGACUCUCUUGUUCGUGUUAUCUUGGGUUGUAGCAUUCAUCGCUGUUGAAGAAGAAGCUGAAGUGUUUCACAUAAUCUUCAUUAUCUUCAAUAUCCUUCUCGGAAUGUUUAUCUUCAUAUUCUACUGUAUAUACAAGAAAGAUGCCACAGAUGUCAUUUUCCCGUAUGUAAGUGAACAACAGAAAUGGAUCAAAAAGAAUACUUAUGAAAAAUAAUAAAAGUUCAAGUUCUGGUAAUGAAACAGACGUUGGAACAGCAGAGACGAAGACAUAAUUAAAAAUAUGAAAAACUAAUCUCUUUGAGAAUCUUCUUUUCUUCUUAUAUUACAUUAAACAUACUUGCAUACGAGAGAACUUCGUUUUUAUCUAUCAAUACAACUCUACGAAACUUAGACACUGUAUAAACCACAAUGUAAUUUAAACCUUCUCAUUUUUCUGUAACACAUAAAAUCUAACAUCAUAUGGUUUGAUUUGUAAUUCUAUAAAUAUUUUCUAACUGCUAAUUUCACUUUUAAUUUUCAAUAUAAUCUUUAACUUUUAUUAAUGAAGAAAUAAAUGUGGUUUCAUACUACAA